UUCAUUACUCAUAUGUUGUGUUUAUGUUCUUCUUUCAUGUGAUGGCAUAGGUAAUAUGGAGGGGGAUGGGAGUAGUGUGAAUAAUGAUCGGGUAACAUCGGUUCAAUCGGUUCAAGAGGAGUUUGAUGAUCUUGAUAUAGAUAUAAUGAUAGCAUGGUUGUGGAUUGUCGUGGUGGAUAUGUCCAUGAACACAAGAGAACUAAUUAGAGAUAGCGUAUUGUCAGAACCCGAAUGGGUAAUGGAGGUUCUUUGUGGACAUUCGGAUAGAGUAUAUGAAGCUUUUACGGUGAAGAGACAUGUAUUUCUCAAUCUUUGUGGUUUGAUGAUAGAAAUAGGUUGGUUGAAAGAUAGUCGAUAUAUUAAGGUGGAUGAGCAAGUCACGAUCUUCUUAUCUAUGAUUUGUCACAAGAAGUCCAAUAAAGAUUUAUUUGAGAGAUUUCAAAGUUCGGGACAAACUAUUAGCAAGUACUCCACUAAAGUGUUAAAUGCAGUUUUCAAACUAGCUAAAGAGAUUAUCGUACCACCUUCCUUUGAUGCCGUCCCGGAGGAGAUUCUGAUGAAUCGUCAACAUGAGCCUUACUUCAAGGCAAAUACUACGUGGUAGAUUCGGGCUGUGCAACAGCUCCGGGAUUUUUAACUCUUUUUAAAGGUGAACGGUAUCACCUAAAUGAUUACAGGGGUGCAUCGAGACGACCAAGAACAACAAGAGAAUUGUUCAACUAUAGACAUUCUUCGUUAAGAAAUGUCAUUGAGAGAUCAUUUGCAGCAUUAAAAAAUCGCUUCUUCAUUUUGAGACAUAUGCCUUCAUUUGCAAUUCGAAAGCAAGCAUGUAUCGUAAUUGCAUGUAUACUAUCCAUAAUUACAUUCGUGAUCAAGACAGGAGGGAUAAGAACUUUUCACUAUAUGGAAAUACAUGGUACUCGUUUGGAUCUACACAAGAUGAGGUUAUAUAAGAUGCAUUGACUCAGGAGGGAACCGAGAUGAAUAUGCUUAAGAUAGAUAUUGCCAAUCAAAUGACAAGAGAUCAUAAUAUGGAAGAGAUUUCUUGAAAUUGUGUUCUUAACUUUUGUAACGCAAUUUUAUCUAGCUCCCAGGUACUCAUAUAUUUUUUUACUAAAUCGAUUGCAAUUCAUCCCUUAGUCUUUCUAUUUUGUUGGAAGAUGCUUUUAUUAAGACAGCUUGUGAAACUUUCGCAGGAGCUACUUUUUUGGAGUUGGAGCUGAUUUUCUUUCUCCACAGAAAAUAGGGAGUCUACGGAGGAUUUCGAAAUGUGAGAGCACGUCUUUUGCAAGCAAAGCUGGAGUUGGAGCUGAUAUUGUGGUCUCGGACAAGGAAUUUGAAAUUGCGUUCAUUUUGUAGUUCGAACUAGCUGAUAUUAACGUAGGAAUUUUGAAACGUGCUAUUUUUUGGAGUUGGAGUUGAUAUUAUGGUGAUGUGUAAAAUGAGUUGGAGUUGAUAUUAUGGUGAUUUGUAAAAUAUGUGGUGAAUUUGGCCAUUUUACUCUAGUUUUAUUUAUUCUUAUGCAGAUCUUUUUAGUUGUCUUCUUACCCAA